AUGACAAACAUCCUUCCUAUUCACCUUGCCAAUAAGGAAAAUGUUUACCCUUAUUUCAGCAAAAACCCAACAACUACUCCCAUUCCAACUACGCCUUCCAUGGAAUAUACACCUUUUCCCACAACUACAUCAAAAUCGUCUCACCCAGCUUCUUCAAGUCGUCCUCUGAAAAGAAAUAACACUCUUAAGAUACCCUGCUUUACUCUUCCACUUAGACAAAAUCUUAUUAACAGCUUCAAUCAAACCAUUCUUCCUCAUAAACCAAUUGUUAAUGCACCUUCCAACCUUCAUACAACACCCCAAACUAUUUUGUCCCAGAGCCCACAUUCUGCUUUUUAUACAAAUUUGGGUUCUGCUGAUUACUCAAAUGAUGAUACCUGCAGCCAAACUGAUUCGGACAACGCUAUGGAGCCCAAUUUGGAUUCAGAUGAAGAUCAAACUGAAUUUCUUAUACGGAAUUCCCAUGAUGAAGUAUACUCUGAUAUUGGAGAUCCUGUAUGGGAGUGCACACACUGUGGUGCCUAUAUGUGGUAUCAGGAGCGUAAAGGGAAGUCAAUACAUACAACUAUACCAAAGUUCAGUUUAUGUUGUAAGGGAGGAAAAAUUGUUGCACCAUUAUUGUUUGACACUUCCAUCAACGAAGGCGGAGGUCCUCCAACAUUACGACUGCACGGACAAACACGCCACAGAAUCGGAAGUUUGCUUCUUGAACAAGGACAAAUACCAAAAUAUGCUCAACUAUAUAUUUUUGAUACGGACAAUGAAGUUAACAACAGAAUCAAAUCUUUCAAGGACAGCAAAAAUGUCGACAGGUCUAUUGUAACUAAGUUAAAGUUGAUGUUAGAUGAAUAUAAUCCUCAUGCCAAAGCUUUUAGAAUGGCAAGGGACAUGAUGAAACAAACAGGUUUUCAAGAUCUUAAACUGAAACUUAUUUCGGAAAGAUCUUCCGACGGUCGUGUCUAUAACCAUCCAACUGUGUCGGAAGUUGCUGCUCUUAUCGUUGGUGACGUGGACACCGCAUCUAAGAGAGACAUCAUUGUUCAGCAUCGUGAUGGUCAUCUCCAACAGAUAGAUGAGUUUCAUUCAGCUUAUCUAUCCUAUCAAUAUCCGAUGAUAUUUCCAUACGGAGAAGAUGGAUACAGAGAUGAUAUACUACAUAAGUUUAAACAUGAAAAGCAGGUUACCAAGUAA